UCCAAGAUGGCUGUCACAACUUUCGUAAAUAGAGCUGAAGUUUGGCUUGCUAAUUCUAGUUUUAGGAGCUCUUUUCAGCUCCCAGAGCACUUYCAUCCAAGCUUAUUUUUAAAAUGGUUCCCUGGUCAUAUGGCAAAAGGUUUGAGAGUAAUGCAGUCCUUAGUAAGAAAAUGUGACUGUGUACUUGAAAUCCACGACUCUAGAAUACCUUUUUCUGGGAGAAAUCCUAAAUUUAAAGAAACUUUAUCAGGUAGACCAAGUGUGCUCUUAUUGAACAAAGUAGAUCUCAUUAGCGGCAUAAACCAGAAGGAUAUUUUAAGAAGAUUUGAAGCCAAUGGAAUCAGAGCUGUGUUUGUUGACAGCAAAGCCCAGUAUAGCCACACAAUUAAAAAGGUUGUACCAGCAGUUCUAGAUGCAAUAAAAGAUGCUGAAUAYGAAGGAUCUUAUUUAAGAAAGAAUCCUGAUGCACCCUACACGUUAAUGGUCUGUGGUCUGCCCAAUACAGGAAAGUCAUCCCUUAUAAAUGCACUUAGAAGAACACACAUAAAAAAGGGAAAAGGUACAAGAGUAGGUAAGCUUCCUGGAAUGACAACUUCUAUCCAGGAAAGAAUCCUGGUUAAUGAUGAACCUAAGAUGUACAUGUUAGAUACUCCAGGUGUCGUUGCUCCAUACGUACCAACAGCAGAAGUAGGAAUGAAGUUGGCAUUAACAGGGUGUUUUAAGGAUCAUCUUGUGGGCGAAGAUCUUAUUGCAGAUUAUAUUCUAUUUCUUUUAAACAAGAAUGGAAACUUUGAAUAUGUCAAAAAAUUUGGUUUAGAAAAUCCAACAGAUAAUAUUGACUUUGUUCUGAGGCACAUUGCCACUACCUUAAACAGUACAGUUUCAGGUGGAGUACCUGACUAUUUAAAGGCAUCAAUUCAUCUUUUAUCAAGAUUCAGACGAGGAGAACUUGGAAGAUUUUUACUGGACAAAUGACAUUUAUAAUAACUAGUCAUUCAUCCUUGUUCAGAUUGUAUAUAAUAAAUAAACAGUAGAUGCGACUCAAAAUCUAUAUCAUAAAAAAAUGUGUGCCCAAAGCAGAGGUCUAUUUAUCUAAGGAUGAUUGAACCUUAGCCUGCGUGCCUCCGAACGUUUACUCGUAAAGUCCGUCAGAAAAUUCCGGAUGCAGUGCAGGCUAAUUGAACCUCAACCUUAACUAUUUUGCAUAAUGGCUUUGGAAACAAAGUAAAACUACUAUGCUUAAACUUAAUAUGGAAAUAUUUUUUAAAUGUUUAAUACUUAUAAGUUAUUGCAAUUUUGAGCUGCCAAUUAAUACCGGUUUACACAUAUUUCAAAAACAUUGUCAGUUGAAAAUCUGAAAUCUGAGACCGAGAAGCACAUUUCAAAUUGUAGUGUAUUCACAGCCGAACAUACUUCACAUUGCUUUAAGCUUGGACCUAUGAAGCAUGACCUUUCAGUUAGAAAUAUGAUUUUUCAUAUUUUAGAUAAAUUAUUUUAGCUAGAAAACAGGACUAGAAAAAUUCUGUUUCGUCAAGGGUCACUCAUUUCAUAUUUCAGAACAACAUUUUUCGAAAUAGGCAUAUAUUAAUAGCUACUUAAGAGGGCCAAAGUGACAUAAGCCAAAAUGGGAUAUAUUUUCAUGCAUUGCUAUCAAUAUAUAGAUCUUAUUAGACAUAUUAUGGUGGAAUACGGGUAGAUGUUUUGUCUAGUCUGCUUGCUGUAUUUUGUUGAGCCCAGUAGACAAAAUGCAAAGAUUAGAAAAGAUGUCAGCAGAGCUUACUUUUCCCAAAGCGAUUUUUGGUUUYGAACUAGUUUUCAAAGCCAAUUUUUCAAUUUACAAAAUAACUUAGAGUACAAAUUUCACAGGAUAUUUUUACUCACUCCAGGCUUUCUCCUGCAUUAUUUGUACUCUCAUAUGAAUAGUUAGAUAACAAAAACCCAUAUUGGCAGCUCAAAAUCACCAAGUUUUGUAUUGCGAUUCUAAUAAUAAUAGYAAAUAAUUCUGAGCAGACAGAACAGAUUUGUAUUAAUUUUAUAUUGCUGGCCCUGACAAUAGGGAGUUUUCAUAUGUCCAAGAAAUCAGCAUAUAGAGAUUAUCAUUGAUAUUGUUCUUAUUCACAAGUUUCCAUAUAUCGCAAACUAGCGAGUCUGCAGGCGAGUGAUAUCAUAUGGAAAAUGAGUGAUAACAAUAUCAAUCUCUUAACAUAACAUUUGUCUAUUAUACAUUAAUUUUUGCGUCGAUAAAACAACAAAAUUUACAAUUUUCAGUGACCAUGAAGUGACAUCGUAUCACUUCACUGAUAUGGUUUUUACUCACAGCUUUAUCACACUGAUAUCAACCCUAAGAGUGUAAUAAAUAGUUUUAUUAUAUAGAUUUCGAUGAAAUACCAGGUUUGAAUUACCAGCGUUGAAAACUUGAUAUCUUUCACCAGUGGAAGAUACCAUGUCUUUCACACAUGAAGAUAUUGCUGUUGACAUAGUAACAUAUUUUCAUAAAGAAUUUUUGAGCUUUUGUUUUAUUUAAGUUUCAUCAAUAUCUAUAUAAUAAACAAAACAUUACAUGGCCGCUUGGAGAUACGAAAUUUUAUCUUCUCGUGUUCAAUUUAGAUAUCUCACGAGUCAGCGCACAAUUGAACACUCGAAGAUAAAAUUCGUAUCUCCGCUCGCCCAUGUAAUAUCCUCUAUAUACACUUAUCCACACUGUUAAACGAAUAUAAGAUACAGUACACAA